AACUUGCCAGAACAGUGUAUAUAGGAUAUCAUCUCGUUUUGCAUGACUUUAGUUCAGUUUAGUUCAUUUAGUAGCUGCUCUGGAGCUAUAUAGAUAUAGAAUAUAUAAAACUGGGGAGGGAAAGAUGUGUAGAGAUAUGUAGAGAGAAAUAUAUUUACAUUUACAAUCUAUAAUUUAGAUAAGGUGGUCUUAGUUUUGCCUACUUCUACUGUAUGUUUUCACACUUUAACAAUGCUCAACAUAAAAUUCAGUUUUCUUCUUUGUGUUCUAAAUUGGCGGUGUUAUUCCCUGUUUCGGGCCUAAAUAUAUCUACGAACUACAAGCAAUUCCUGAGCCACCAUCGCUUUUGCGAAACACGUUGUACAGUAACAUGUGUGAUAAUAUAAAUACCACAGAUGCUGAGGGCUACUGAAGCCGUCGUAUCUGUCAACCAAUCACAGAGCCAGAAAUAAUAUUCGUCCAAUCACGAUACAGCUACGCAACAAGACUUCCGGGUUGAGUUCCCAUGCUCGAUUUGUGCUUUUCAGAUCUUCACACGUUGUUUUCGCAGUUCAAGAAAAUAAAUAAAUCAUGACCAAAGACAACUCUUCGAUAAAUCCCAGCAAAAGGAAGAAACAGACUUCAAAUGUCACGGUUCAUGCGGAAGAAACAACGGACACCAAAGUAAAAAAGAAAAAAAAGCUUCAUGCAGAAGAAACAACGGACACCAAAGUAACAAAGAAAAAAAAGCUUCAUGCAGAAGAAACAACGGACACCAAAGUAAAAAAGAAAAAAAAGCUGCACGUUGAGGAGGCUCCAGAACAGAUUCCUGAUGUGACAAUCGAAACCAGCGAGAGAAAGCGGAAGAAGAAAAAGAAGGCAAAGCAAAGUGAGGUACGGAUGACGCACGUCGUGGAGGGAGAAGAGGACCUGAGCCUUGAGGAGAAACGGGUCCUGGAGAGGAAGAUGAAGAAGAUCCUGAAAAAGGAGGAGAAGAAGAGGCUUAAAGCUGCGGGGGAGACCGAACCGAAAGCUGAAGCCCCCGGACCCAUCGCUGGUCAGCAGGCCUUAGACUACCUCACCUGCUGGGCUGAGAACCGUGCCGAGUGGAGGUUUCAGAAGACCAGGCAGACGUGGUUACUGCAGCACUGCUUUGACUUUGAACAGAUUUCCGAUGAGAAGUUCUCCGUACUGCUCCAGUACCUGGAGGGUCUUUGUGGAGGUUCUAAAGACAUCACCGUCCAGAAGGCCUUGGCCCUGGUUGAAGAGUCGGGACAAGCGCCAGAGGACAAAGACGUCCAGCAGAGGGCGCGCCGAGCACGACAAGUCAUCCAGCUGCUCUCCUGAACCCACCCACCUCCGAGAUAUGAAGCCCACUAGGACGAAGUGUGAUAGCAGUUUGUUGAUCACGCUGGUCCCCAGAAGUGGGGUUAAACAUGUUUUAUAUGCAGCUUUUUGACUGGACUUCCUUUACUUUUGGUAAAGGAUGCGUUUUGAUUUAAUGACCAGUGUUGUUCUUAUUUUAACUUUAAUGUGUCCCAUGUUUUACUUCUCUAUUUCAUGCAGACAUUGUUGCCUUGCAGUCAUCAAUCGUACAAGUAACAUUAAUAGAAGUUAUAUACAAAUUUUGUGUCCUACAAAUGUAAAUAAUUCAGUCCUGUUUCAUUAUACACUGACGAGAGGAGCCGUGUAUCCCCCACAGAUGCAACAGAGGGCUCAGUGUACUGGAGUAAAAGGUUUCAGGAAUGUAUGUUGUCAAAACAUGUUUGCGCACGUCGAGGCCCAUAUUCUUAGUCACUGAUCGGAAUAACUUCAUCCACAAGAAUGCUGAACAGAGUCGGAUGUGAGUCUCCUACUCAGUACGUGAUGCUCCAACUAAAUACAGUGGAACGAUUCUUCACCUGCAACAGUUUUUAGGAUUUUCUUUGAAGUCUAAGGAAACUCUAUGAAACGUAAAUAAAUUCCACAACCACUGGC